AUGGCGGCGAACGGGCGGCGAGACGACGACGAGCUGCCGGUGUACCUGGCGCGGCCCGGCCCGGCGGCGGUGCCUCGUCAGAAGCGCGGGGGGCUCUUCUGCAGCGUCGAGGGCGCCUUCGAGAGCAAGACCCUCGACUUUGGGGCACUGCGCGUUGGGCAGCGCCGCGCCCCGCCGCCCGCCCGCCCCGGCCCCGACCCCGACCCUCCGCCCGGCGCGGUCCCUGGCCCCGGUCCGACCACCGACGACCUCCGCGCCGCCUCCGGCGAAGAGCGGCUCCAGGACCCAGUCCCUCCGGACGACAGGAGUGAUCGUCUCCUUAUUAAAGGAGGGCGAAUAGUCAAUGAUGACCAGUCAUUCUAUGCUGACAUUUACAUGGAGGACGGCCUCAUAAAGCAGAUCGGAGACAACCUGAUUGUUCCUGGAGGGGUCAAAACCAUAGAAGCCAAUGGGAAGAUGGUGAUCCCUGGAGGAAUUGAUGUCCACACUCGCCUGCAGAUGCCAUACAAAGGAAUGACUGCUGUGGAUGAUUUCUUCCAAGGAACAAAAGCAGCUCUGGCUGGUGGAACCACCAUGAUCAUGGACCAUGUGGUGCCAGAGCCCGAGGGCAGCCUGGCCGAGGCGCUGGAGCGCUGGCGGGAGUGGGCUGAUGGCAAAGCCUGCUGCGACUACGCCCUGCACGUGGACAUCCCGCGCUGGAGCCACCGCGCCAGGCAGGAGCUGCACACCGUGCUCCAGGACAAAGGUGUUAACUCCUUCAUGGUGUACAUGGCCUACAAGGAUUUGUACCAGAUGUCCAACACUGAGCUUUACGAGAUAUUCAGCUGCCUGGCAGAGCUGGGUGCCAUAGCUCAAGUUCAUGCAGAAAAUGGGGAUAUAAUUGCACAGGAACAAGCCAGGAUGUUGGAGAUGGGAAUAACAGGCCCUGAAGGCCACGUGCUGAGCAGACCUGAGGAGGUAAGAUGCAGAGGACAGUCCAGCCUUGCUUCACUGAAGAGUUUUCCCAGGCACAGUAGGGCUCAGUGUAUUUAAUGUGGCCAGGCAAGCACUGAGACAGGAGAGAGUGUUUGUACAUCCAGGAGUAUCCAUUUAUACAGGCAGUGCUGGCUUUUUCAUCAUCAGCCCAGGAAAGAGCAAGGUACAUGUUUGUGACAGACAUUUCUCAAUCUUGCUUGAGUUGCCCAGCAGAGACAGAAGCUCUGAGUUUCACAGAGAGGAAUCAAUCAACCAAAGUGCUCGUAUGGCUGUAGCAGCCUUUGAGGCUGCACUGGGGGCAUUUGUUUUAUAUAGGUAACUCCAUAGGUGUGAGAAGCCUAAGAAGAAUCUAAUAAUGAGUUUUAGUUUCUCUGAGAAUUCACUGUUCCCAUCUAAGUGCUGAUAGAUUCCAGCCUGUUCCUGCUCUGUAUCUGCUUAGUCUUUAAA